AUGAGUCCUUCUACAGCAAUCUCUCUCUUGAUGUUCAUAAUGUGGAGAUGCUGCGCACGAGAACAACCAGAGCGGCAUCCACCUGCAACUGGAUUUCAGAAGUGCCAAGAAGCCUUGAACCGUCCUAUGUUGGGAGUUCUUCCUGGAGGUGGCUGGGAUAAUCUGAGGAACUUGGAUAUGGGUAGAGUGAUGAGCCUCAAUUACUCUUUGUGCCAAACUACAAAAGAUGGGGCUUACAUCAUCCCCAAUGGCAUCUUCACCAUUGCUCUUAAACAAAGCUUGCUGGAGAUGAACUCUGAGAUCGUUGAGUCUUGGAUGGAUUAUCAAUGUAGCACUGCCAUUUCCAUCAACGCAGGGCUGUCUUUUUCUCAUCUCAAUGGCAGGUUCUCCACUGACUUUCGCAGAGCGAAAACUCACCAACUGAGAGAUAAGUCUGUGUCCACAAAAGUUCAGAUCAGGAAUCUGAUGUACUCUGUAAAAAUGGACCCUUCCGCAAAGUUAGACGAAGGCUUCCAGCAACAGCUUGUCACCAUUGCCAGCCAGCUGGAGAAAAACAAGACUCAAAUGGCUAACUACUUGGCAGAAGUCUUAGUGUUGAACUAUGGCACUCAUGUUCUCACUGGAGUCGAUGUUGGAGCCAGCCUUGUUCAGGAGGACUAUAUCAAAGCUUCCUUUGUGAAAGAUGGUCAGUCCAGGAGAAGUGCUAUCACUGCUGCAGCUGGUAUCUCUUUCCAAAACAUCAUCAACUUUAAUAUGGGUGUUUCAGUGAGCACAGAAGACAGUUUCACCAAGCAAUACCAAGGCAACCGUACUAGUUCUAGAGUGGAGAGCUUUGGGGGUCCGCCUUUUUAUCCUGGGAUUACCCUGAAAACCUGGCAAGAAAGCAUCACCAAUCAGCUGGUGGCUCUUGACCGUUCAGGCUUGCCUUUGCCAUUCUUCAUCACCCCAAAUAAUUUGCCAGGACUGCCCAGCCCCAUUCUGAAAAAAUUGUCCCAGACUGUAGAAUCUGCCAUUGACCGCUACUAUACAUUCAACACUUAUCCCGGCUGCAUCAAUCCAGCCUCACCCAACUUCAACUUCUAUGCCAAUGUGGAUGAUGGCACCUGUGAAGGAAUGGCAACUAAUUUUACCUUUGGGGGCGUCUACCAGGUCUGUGCUCGAUUAGAAGGCCCUGAUGCUGACGUGCUCUGCCAAGCCCUGGAGCAGAAGAACCCGCUCACUGGAGACUUCUCCUGCCCUGUGGGUUAUACCUCCAUCAAACUGCGAUCUCAACAACGUGAGGAAGGAUUCAGCCACUUGGAUUGCCAUCAAGAUUGCUUUCUUUGGAAACUCUUCUGCAAUUGGAUUUGCAACGACCUUUUCACACUCUCCAAAGUGCAGUUUAGCUCCCACUGGUGUGCAGCAAGAGGCCCCGUUCCUGAAACCUCCUCAUUUCUCUUUGGAGGACUCUUCAGUUCCAAGAAUACUAAUCCUGUCACUAAUGCUCAGUCCUGUCCCUCCAGGUACUACCCACUGAAGCUUUUUGACCAGCUCAAAAUAUGUGUGAGUAGCGAUGAGAGGGGAAAGCGACAUUCAGUGCCCUUUGGGGGGUUCUUUAGUUGCCAAAUUGGAAACCCACUGUCCGGAUUGCCUAAUGGGACAGAAAAUGACUCGUAUCUCAAAAGGUGUCCAGCAGGAUUCAGCCAGCAUCUGGCUCUGAUCAGCGAUGGCUGCCAAGUGGAAUACUGUGUCCAAGCUGGCCGCUUUACAGAUAAGUCUUUACCUCAAGCCCGGCUGCCCCCCUUCACUCGCAGGCCAGCCAUCAGCUUCCUUGCUACUGACAUCAUCCUCGUUACAAGCAGCAAUGGGGAUCAGACCUGGGUCAAGGAUCCUCAGACUCAGCAAUGGAAGUCGGCCAACUCGGAUGAUGUGCUCCACUACCUGAAGAGAGGUGGGGAUGCUGGUGGGAGUUUGUCAAAUGGAGAAGCAGCAGGGAUCACUAUUGGAGGAACUGCUGGCUUGGCCAUUUUGAUCGGACUAGUUGUUCAUGUGUGUAAGAGGUAUAAGAAAAGGGAGUUUAGCGAGACAGAGGGAGAGAAGACAUGUCUGAUGUCAAAUAAUCCUGUCUAUAACCUCCUAACUGAAAUGGAGGGUACACUCCAGCCAGAGCAGGAAAAACAACCAGUUUAG